AUGCUGCUUCUGUUGCCUUUCUCUUCUUCCCAGGCUUCGCCUCAAAAUAUUGAAGUCCUCUACCCAACGCAAACGCCGCCACCACCGUGGUCGCCAUCAACAACAACAUCGUCUUCGGGGAACGAAGCCGACGGUACAAUUGCAAAGGCAGUAGCUGUUACCGCCGGGAUCACUAUUGUCAUCGCCGCAGUAUUCUUCUUUUUCAUCAGAAGAUAUGAUCUUGCUCAAGGCAAAAGGGAGAGAGUUGGGGAUAGUUCCCGGCCGAGGGUGCCCCUGGAUGAGUUCGCUAGAGUCGAUGGCAAUAUAAAGGGUUUAAUCGUGGAUGAAAAUGGCUUGGAUGUUCUUUAUUGGAGGCAGCUUCAAAACGAAGCUGCCAUGAAUGGGUUCCAGCUAGAAGUUUUGCAUGUUCCAAAGGAUGAAGAAGAAGAAGAAGGCGGAGAUGGCGGUGGAAUGUUUCGGAAAGGAGAUCGAAGCAAGAAGAUAGAGCCGACCAAUGAAUUUCCUUUGCUUCGUGGGAAAUCUUCAGCUUCCCAUGUUCCACCACCACCAAUGCCACCGCCGCCUCCACCAAAAUCCCCCGCCCCGCCUCCACCUCCACCUAAGAAAGCCGGCGGUUUAGUUACGUCCUUGAAACCUCCUCCGGCAGCCAGAAAUAACUCCGGUAGGUGUAAAGCGGGGGAAUCUUCUGGAGAUGGUGACGAUUACCAGGUGAAAUUGAAGCCAUUACACUGGGAUAAGGUGAACAAGAAGCAUGCCGAUCAUUCCAUGGUGUGGGACAAAAUCAAUGGCGGAUCUUUUACGGUUGAUGAUAAUCUUAUGGAGGCUUUAUUCGGGUAUGUGGCAACCAAUAAGAAAUCUCCUACAAGUGAAAACAACUCAAAGAGCGCUAGCCAACCAGCACAGAUCAUGGUUCUCGAUGCCCGAAAAUCCCAGAACAUUUCAAUCGUGCUUAAAUCUCUAGCCCUAUCUCGUAAUGAACUGCUUGAUGCCCUCAAUGAAGGCCAAGGUCUCGAUGCUGAUACUCUUGAAAAGCUCGUGAGAAUUGCCCCCAACGAAGAAGAACAAUCCCAGAUCCUCGAUUUCGACGGUGAUCCGACGAGACUUGCCGGUGCUGAAUCUUUUUUGUUCCACAUUUUAAAAGUUCUUCCAUCGGCCUUCACACGCCUUAAUGCCAUGCAGUUUAGAUCAAACUAUGACUUGGAAAUUCUCCACAUGAAGGAAUGUUUACAAACUCUAGAGUUAGGCUGCAAGGAGCUUCGUUCUCAAAGGCUGUUCAUGAAACUCCUCGAAGCAAUACUCAAGGCCGGCAAUCAUAUGAAUGCCGGGACUGCCAGAGGCGAUGCUCAAGCUUUUAACCUUACGUCGCUACUUAAGCUCUACGACGUUAAAAGCACCGAUGGAAAGACUACUUUACUCCACUUUGUGGUCGAAGAAGUAGUCCGGUCACAGGGAAAGAAAUGCUUUAUUAGCCGAAGUCAUAGCCUAAUUCGCAGCAGCAGCAGCAAUAGCAUCACCGGCAAUUCGACAUCGAAGGUGGAUCGAAAGAAUGAAUACAUAAUGCUCGGAUUACCGGUGGUAGGAGGCCUCAGUGCUGAGUUCUACAACGUGAAGAAAGCAGCCUCUAUAGAUUUCUACACAUUCUCAGACACAUGCUCAGCUAUUGCUGCUGGCGUAGCAGAAACCAAGCAGCUUGUAUCACAAUGUAUGGCCGAUGGAAAAGGGGGAUUCGAGCAAGAAAUGAAAGGGUUUAUCGACGAUGCUGAAGCCGAACUGAAGGUGUUCAGAGAAGAGAAAAAGAGAGUGAUGGAAAUUGUAAGAAUAACUACAGAGUAUUAUCAAGCGGGGUCUUCGAAGGAUCCUUUCCAAGUCUUUGUUAUCGUUAAAGACUUCCUCGGCAUGGUCGACCAGGCGUGCCUCCAAAUAGCUAGGAACCAACAAAGCAGGAACGCACCAACAACUGCAAAUAAUGGGCCACAAUCACCAAACUCACAGGGAUCGAGAACCAAAAUGAGGUUCCCCUUGUUGCCAUCAAAUUUCAUGUCGGACAAGUCGUGGAGCAGUUCCAGCGAAUCGGAUGAAGAUUCUUGA